AUUAUAAUAUAUUUGUGUGGCUGAGUGUGUGUGUGCUGGUUGUAUUAUCUGGCUGCUGUUGCCGCCUGCAGUCGUGCGCAACGCAACGCAACGCAUUUGACGAAAAGACGAAAAAAAAAUCCAACAACAAAAAAUUAUUAUCUGCCAGAGCCAUAGACAGCCAGCAGCCAGUGUGGUGUGUCAGUUAAGGAGAGGAUCUCUGCUGCUGCUAUUUUGAUGAGAGGAAGGAGGUGGUAGGAAGGUAGUAAAAUCGAGCAAAGAAGACACACAAAAAGCGAUAAAAAACCGAAAAAGAAAGGAGAGCCCAGAGCCCCGAGAGCAGCCCACAAACACCAUACAACUGCCAAAAAGUAGCAUACAAAUUUCUUCAAAAAUGAGUGGGGAUGUGGCUGCUGAAAAUAACAUCCACAUACAAAAUGGUGGAAGCUGCAGCGAAGUGCAAUCAAAUGGUGUAUCGAAUGGCCAUCAUAACCACUACCAUCAUAAUAGCAGUAGCAGUAGCAGCAAACAUAAAUCGUCUAGCAAGGAUAAGCAUCGUGAUAAGGAGAGAAGUGAGCAUAAGAGUUCCAGUUCAUCCAAGGAGCAUAAGAGUAGCAGUCGCGACAAGGACAGGCAUAAGAGCAGCAGCAGUGGCGGUAGCUCCUCGUCCAAGCAUAGGGAUAAGGAUCAUCAUCGCAGUAGCUCCUCAUCGUCAAGUCAUCGUGAUAAGGAUGGAAGCAGCAGUAGCAGCAGCAAACACAAGUCCUCAUCAUCAUCAUCGUCUGGCCACCAUAAGAGCUCAUCGAAGGAUAAAGAACGCUCUAAGGACAAAGAUCGUAGCAACAGUAGUAGCAGCAGCAGCAGCAGUAGCCGAGAUAAGCGCCGCAGCGAUCACAAAAGCUCAUCUUCAUCGAGCUCACGGCACAGCAGUAGCUCCUCGCCAUCGAAAAGCAAACAUUCCAGUUCACGUCACAGUUCAUCAUCUGGCACUACUAGCAAUUCUGGCAAGGAUCCCUCCUAUGAUGGUGUCUUUGUGAAACCGGAGCCAGUUUCUCAGCCCCCGAUGCAACAGCAUUAUGCUGAAUGCUCAGCAGCCCCAUCUGUAGCCAGCAAUGGUAAUGGUGAUGAUGGCAUGAUUUACAAAAAUGGCUACGAGGAGAACAUUGUCGAUAUCAAGAAGGAGGAGGACAACAGUUUCAAUAAUCUAUCACAGGCCAGUUCCUGUGACUACUCCUUGUCACAAUUUCGAUCGGAUGAGCCAUCGUUCGAGACAAAGCAUGAGCAGCCAUCCUAUGCUGAAGAGGAUAGUGCCCUCCAGGAUGACGAUUACAAUAACGACAAUGACGAUGACAACGACGACAACAACGAGAAUGGAGCCGAUGAGGAUGAUGAAGAAGAUGACGAGGAGGAUGUACCAUUGGCCAUGCGCAAACGAAAACAGGAACCAAUUGCUAAUAAUGGGGAUGGCUAUAUGGAUGAUUAUAAUGAUGACAUUCCGCUGUUGGCGCGUAAGAAGAUCAAAAAGGAGCCCAAAGAGAAGAGUCGUAAGCAAAAGAAGCGUCCCAAAGAAGAACUUGAUGAUGAUUAUGGCAGCAUGAAGCCCAAAAUGAAAAAGGUUAAAAAGGAACCUGAGAUUAAGAGUGAAACUGUAUCGCCCACCAAACGUGCCCGUAAAGACAAAAAGGAUGAGGAAGAAGAAGUCUGGAGAUGGUGGGAAGAGGAGAAGCGUGAAGAUGGCGUCAAAUGGUCAACCCUAGAGCAUAAGGGUCCUGUCUUUGCUCCACCCUAUGAGCGUGUGCCACGCAAUGUACGCUUCUUUUACGAUGGCAAACCCUUGGAUCUUACCGAAGAAACCGAAGAGGCAGCCACAUUCUAUGCCAAAAUGUUAAAUCAUGAUUACUGCACCAAGGAUGUUUUCAAUACCAAUUUCUUCAAAGAUUUCCGCAAAACCAUGACGGACAGGGAGAAAGAAAUUAUCAAAGAUUUUCGUAAAUGCAAUUUCCAAGAGAUGUUUGAAUUCUUUCAAGCCGAAUCGGAGAGACGAAAGGCCGCCACAAAGGAUGAGAAACUGGCGAAAAAGAAUGAGAACGAGGCAUUGGUUAAGGAAUAUGGCUUCUGUAUGAUCGAUGGUCAUAAAGAGAAAAUUGGUAAUUUCCGUCUAGAGCCGCCGGGUCUAUUUCGUGGUCGUGGUGAACAUCCGAAAAUGGGAAUGAUCAAACGCCGCAUUGGGGCCUCUGAGGUAUCGAUUAAUUGUGGUAAAAAUUCCAAGGUACCAACACCACCACCGGGCCAACGUUGGAAGGAAGUACGUCACGAUAAUACCGUCACUUGGCUAGCAUCUUGGGUAGAGAAUGUCCAGGGUCAAGUUAAAUAUAUUAUGUUGAAUCCAUCGUCCAAGCUAAAGGGUGAAAAGGAUCACAUUAAAUAUGAGACAGCUCGCCGUUUGGAUAAAGUGAUUGAUAAGAUUCGUGCCACCUAUCGUGAUGAAUGGAAAUCUAAGGAGAUGCGUGUGCGUCAAAGAGCUGUUGCUUUGUACUUUAUCGAUAAAUUAGCCCUGAGAGCGGGUAACGAAAAGGAUGAGGAUCAGGCGGAUACUGUCGGCUGUUGUUCGUUGCGUGUCGAGCAUGUCCAACUGCAUAGAGAGCUCAAUGGCAAAGAGAAUGUGGUUGUGUUCGAUUUCCCUGGUAAGGAUUCCAUACGAUACUACAAUGAGGUCGAGGUGGAGAAGCGUGUCUUUAAAAAUCUCGAACUCUUUAUGGAGAAUAAGAAGGAGGGCGAUGAUCUCUUCGAUCGUCUCAAUACCCAAGUUCUCAACGAGCAUCUUAAAGAGUUGAUGGAUGGACUUACGGCUAAAGUAUUUCGUACAUAUAACGCUUCAAAAACGCUACAAGAUCAAUUGGAUAAACUAACCGAUGGCGAUGCAACAGUCGCUGAAAAAUUGUUGGCCUAUAAUCGUGCCAAUCGUGCUGUGGCCAUCCUUUGUAACCAUCAGCGUUCGGUGCCCAAGGGUCACCAAAAGUCCAUGGAGAAUUUAAAAGAAAAAAUACGCGCCAAGCGCGAUGCCAUUGAUGAUUGUGAAUCUGAAUAUCAUGAUUUGAAAAAGGCGGCCAAACGUGGCUCGGUUAAAGAGAAAGUGAAUGCCGAUAAGAAGGGCAAGCAGCUGGAACGUUUAAAGGAACAGCUAAAGAAGUUGGAACUACAAGAGACUGAUAGAGACGAGAAUAAGACCAUUGCCUUGAGCACAUCCAAAUUGAAUUAUCUCGAUCCACGUAUUUCGGUGGCCUGGUGUAAAAAGAAUGGCGUGCCGAUUGAAAAGAUCUUUAAUAAAACGCAAAGAACCAAAUUUCUUUGGGCUAUACAUAUGGCCGAUGAGAAUUAUCGUUUUUAAAGAGAGAAGAAGCGCCAAUCAUUUGGUGAUUAUAACGAUGAUGACAAUGAUGAUGGAAAGAAGUGAUGACUGCUUAUGGAUGACGCUAAAGAUGAUAAUGAGUAUGAGAAGAUGAUAGGACAAGUGCAGCAGGAUAAUUAUGUAGAAGGAAGUAAACACCUAAUCAUACACACCCCACCACCACCACCAGAGCGACCAGACAGCGCGUAACAUAUACAUAGACCCAAAACACAAACACACAAACACAAACACACACACACACACACACACACACACACACAGUAACAACAAUAACUAGAGGGCUUUAACCAGUUGUGUAUAGCUUUCCGAACUUUAUCUCUUCCUUUAUAAUGCCCUCCGAUAGCCUUUUAUGCAAUGUGUAAUGUAUAUCAGGCAAGGAGAUGAUGU